GGCAAGGAGACAUGCUCUGUCUCCUCCAGGUUCUCCUUGUCGUCUUCCGAUCCGGGGGAGGCACCUGCAGUGGCGGGAAGCGCGACCAAGGAGGAAGGAGUUGUGCCUCCUCAGCAAAAGGACGCCGAUGCGCAGGAAGACGCCGCCAGCCCGGAUGCUGUUAGUGACAGCGACACAAGCAUGACCCUCUCGCCAGCUGCCGUCACAAACAGCCCGGAGUACCAGACGGCAUUGCCCGCCCGAGUGAUUGGCAGACCCAAGAUGGUAUCCAUUGGGAAGGCCGACGAGGCAACCGCUACGACCAAGACGAAGAGACAGAGCCCCAUCCGACGGCUUGCCGCCAAGCUCGGGGCAAAGGCGGUGCGGAGGGAGGUGGCGAUAUACAAACCGAGAGAGUGUGUGGUCCCGGAAGACCGGGAGGCCGAGGGCGAGAGUCAGAGCACGACGGCCGAGGGCGGCACGGGGACGAGGCGGUCCCGCCGCCUGCUCGAUAAGCAGCAAAAGGAGCAGCCGCGGUCGGCGAGCCAGCAGAGCGCCGUGUCCAAGAGCUCGUCGUCGGACGGCGCUUCUCCGCCCAGGGCGUCCAGGCUGAGGAAGGAGAACAAGAGUUCGAGUACCAGCCCUGGGAGCGGUAGCAGGGCGGACUGGGACCCUUUGGGCGCACAAGGCCAGAACAAGACAGGGGCUGCGCCUUCUCUGUCCCUGAUGAUGGCCGACUGGGAGAUUGCGCCGGGCAGGAUCCGCGUCAGGGAUGACAGGGAGGGCAUAGUUGAGAGUGAGUGGUCGCCUUACCAUUGCUGUUAAGCCGAUGGUCCCCAUCAGCUACCUAGGGUACCUUACCCACGACAAGCCCCUUAUUUCUAGGGGCAAACUUUAAGAACUGCCAUUGACUAUUUAAUAUGUUCUCUUCU